UGAUAAAAAAGAAAAACAAAUCAAGGGGCAUACACUACUGUGGUCGAGUCUCCGGAGGAAGGAUAGCGAAAGAUAAAGACGGAGGCAGGCAAUGCAGGGAUUUGAGUGUGCGCCAUUUGGGGAAGUAUUUCCUGUAAAAAUAACAUCCCCAACCUGCAAAGAUCUCGGAAUUCCACGCGAGAGCGAUGAUGUCAUUGUACCAGCGAGAUUGAUCAAGAAUCCAUCGCUUCAUCUUGAUGGCAUUCGAUAUGAAGCCCUCGUUAAAAAUUCCAUGUCACCAUCGGAUCCGUUUUCUCCGCUGUGCAUGAUUCCGCUUCCGUCUCCUUUUACUUUAGAACACCUAGAGCCGACAUUUAUACGAAAACGAAACGAACGCGAACGGGACCGUGUUAGGUGUGUGAAUGAUGGAUAUGCAAGACUCAAAGAGCAACUCCCGUUAGAAAACAAACAUAAAAGAAUCAGCAAAGUAGAAAUUCUCCGCCGUGCUAUAGACUACAUUAAGUAUUUGAAUGCAGUUUUAGAAACAGACAAUAAAAAUGGUUCUGACGAACACACACAGGAACAAAGUGCUUUCGAAAACAGAGAUACAGAAAUCAUACAAGACAAUGUGAACGAGGAAUUUUCUCAAAAUGACACCCUGGCAGUUUGUUGCCAAGACUUGUCACCGGAACAAAAUACGAAUUAUUUCACGCUGGACAAUCUCUCGGACUCGGAUGAGAUUUACGGUCAAGGGAGUGAUCUUGGAUAUGAAUCUUUUACGAGUGGAUGUGAAAUGGAGGACGAUCAAACCGGAAGCUGUGACGUGGAUUACAGUGAGUGCUCGAGAGGAUUGAAGCGGCCGCUAGAGGGCGUAUCCGCGGAAGACUGCUCCCCGUGCAAACAAUAGUGCUCAUUCAAAUAG